GCACCGGGAGGCGUCGGCGCGUCCGCACCCGGGCGCAGCCCGAGGGGCGCGCCGCUGCACCGACUCCGUGCCCAGUGCCCUCCGUGCCCAGACGGAACCAUUCCCGAUGCCUGGGAAUUCCUCACUGGAUCACUGCGUUUCAGACAGAGACCUGUGAGCAGCCUUUCGCCUUCAGCCGGAAGGAAAGGUCUGUGCCUUGUCACCAUUCUGUUCUCUCCCUUCGGGCCGUCGGGAUGUGGAAAGCCUCGGCAGGCCACGCCGUGUCCAUCCCCCAGGACGACGGGGGCGCCGACGACUGGGAGACCGACCCCGAUUUUGUGAACGAUGUCAGUGAGAAGGAGCAGAGAUGGGGGGCCAAGACCGUGCAGGGGUCUGGGCACCAGGAGCACAUCAACAUACACAAGUUGAGAGAGAAUGUUUUCCAAGAACACCAGACCCUCAAGGAGAAGGAGCUGGAAACAGGACCGAGAGCCUCUCACGGUUACGGCGGCAAGUUCGGCGUGGAGCAGGACCGGAUGGACAAGUCAGCCGUCGGCCACGAGUACCAGUCGAAGCUCUCCAAGCACUGCUCCCAGGUGGACUCCGUCCGGGGCUUUGGGGGCAAGUUUGGCGUCCAGGUGGACAGAGUUGACCAGUCGGCCGUGGGCUUUGAGUACCAGGGGAAAACUGAGAAACACGCCUCGCAGAAAGAUUACUCGAGCGGCUUUGGCGGCAAGUAUGGUGUGCAGGCGGACCGCGUGGACAAGAGCGCUGUGGGCUUUGACUACCAGGGCAAGACGGAGAAGCACGAGUCGCAGAAAGAUUACUCCAAGGGCUUCGGGGGCAAGUACGGCAUCGACAGGGACAAGGUGGACAAGAGUGCCGUGGGCUUCGAGUACCAGGGCAGGACGGAGAAGCACGAGUCGCAGAAAGACUACGUGAGAGGGUUUGGAGGGAAGUUCGGCGUGCAGACAGACAGACAGGACAAGUGUGCGCUCGGCUGGGACCACCAGGAGAAGCUGCAGCUGCACGAGUCCCAGAGAGAUUAUAAGGCUGGUUUUGGAGGCAGAUUUGGUGUUCAGUCCGAGAGGCAGGACUCCUGUGCUGUGGGGUUUGAUUACAAGGAGAGACUGGCCAAGCACGAGUCCCAGCAAGACUACUCCAAAGGGUUCGGCGGGAAAUUCGGGGUGCAGAAGGACCGCAUGGAUAAGAAUGCGUCCACCUUCGAGGAUGUCGCCCAGGUGGCCCCCGCUUAUCAGAAGACCGUCCCCGUUGAGGCAGCGAACAGCAGAACGAGCAACAUCAGAGCGAACUUCGAGAACCUGGCGAAGGAGAAGGCGCAGCAGGACCGGCGGAAGGCGGAGGCGGAGCGGGCGCAGAGGGCGGCCCGGGAGCAGCGGGAGCAGGAGGCGGCCCGGAGGCAGCUGCACGCCCAGGCCCAGGCCGAGGCCCAAAAGCAGAGCCCGCCUGCGUCUCCCACCCCUCAGCCGGCCGAGGAGAGGCCGCCUUCAAGCCCCGUCUACGAGGACGCGGUCUCCUUCAAGGCUGAGCCCGAGCCCGUGUACAGCAGGGAAGCCGCCGACUACCGCGAGGCUGGUGGCCAGCAGGGCCUGACCUACGCCCCGGACGCCACGUACGAGGCCGCGGAGGCCCCGGGCCAGUACCAAGCAGAAGAAAACACCUACGACGAAUACGAAAAUGACCUUGGGAUCACGGCCGUCGCCCUCUACGACUACCAGGCUGCGGGCGACGACGAGAUCUCCUUUGACCCCGACGACAUCAUCACCAACAUAGAGAUGAUCGAUGACGGCUGGUGGCGGGGGCUGUGUAAGGGCAGGUACGGGCUCUUCCCAGCCAACUACGUGGAGCUGCGGCAGUAGGCCCGCCCGCCUCGCGCCCCGCGUCGCCCUGCGUCCGCCUUCCGUGGGUCCGCGGGCGGGAGGGCCGCGUACGUACUGCUUUUAUAUUUAAUACUUCUGCUGAUGCUUCUGAAAAGGUUUAUGCCCCAGAAUUUGCUAAUAUAUUGUAAUCACGUUCCUUAGGAGGACUUUGGUCAUUGAUUUUAUGCAUUCAAGGUAUUUUCUUUUAUCUUUUUUUUUGCCAAAUUGACUGUCACUUGGAGCCACUUUGGCGACUGUCGGUUCUCCUGAGUGCGCGACGGUGUCCUUGCCCUGGCGGCAGCAUUUGGGGCCCUUGACAGAUGCGGUCGCGUGGGUGUCAGGUGGGAGUCGCCGUCCCAGGAAGAGGGAGACCCCAGGGCGGGUCAGGGCCGAGGGGAGGGGAGGCCGGUGGCUGCUGUGUCUCCAGGUGGGGGCACUGUGUGUUGGGGGACCCCCCCGGUCCCUCCCACCCCCCCCCGACUGGGUACCCGCCAAGCAGUGUCCCCAGCAGUCACCGGAGGGCCUCCACUGGCCGCACGUGGCUCUGUGCCGCGUGAGACGACGGCCACCCCGCUGCGGGAAGGCGGGCGCCUUCUCUGCCGUAAACUGCCAGAGACGUUCUUCCCGCUGAGGCGCCCCUGCGUUUGUGCCAAAACACUGUGUCUGAGGACAGUAGAAUGGGGGGUUGGCAGGCUCGGCUAAGAAGUGGAGCGGAGAGGGGGUGCUCCCGGCCAGGUGCCCCUGCGGACGCUGCUCGGGGGCCCGUCGCCCUCGGGGGGCCGGGCAGUGUCUUUCCAGAUCUGGGGAGGGGACUUGGGAGUUCGGGACGUUGGCGUCUCCUUCCUGCGGUGCAUUUCUGUGUAGUCCUUGCUUUGCCACCAGUAGGUCGGGUUUUAUAUGCAAUUAUUGUAUCCACGUUUCUGUAGCACACGGCAUAGGUAUGGUUUUUUUUUUUAAUUAAAUAUUCAAAAUAAAGUUUUUUGGAUCCA